AUGGGCUUGCGGUCGACGGAGAAGGCCGGCGGCGUAGCAACACCCUCCCCGAGCACCCACGGUUCAGGAAUCAUAGCGGGAGCAACUGCCGGCGCGACGUUGCUCCUUCUGCUCCUCGUCGCCACCGCAGCAAUCUUAAUACGCCGUCGUCGUAACAAGAAGAAGCGAGAGGCCGAGGAGGAUGGCAUUGCCUCAGAAGACGACGAAGAUGGGGAGCCCAUGCUGGAGAUUGGGAUGGAGACGGGGCCCAGGCGGUUUCCGUACCACGAGCUCGUCGAGGCAACGAGGAACUUCGCGGAAGAGGAGAAGCUCGGUCAAGGCGGCUUCGGUGCCGUGUACCGUGGCAACCUGAAAGCGCUUGGCCUCCCCGUGGCCAUAAAGAGGUUCUCCAAGGAUUCCUCUAUGCAAGGGAAGAAGGAGUACGCUUCAGAGAUCAAGGUCAUAAGCAGACUGGGCCACCGGAACCUGGUACAACUCAUCGGCUGGUGCCAUGGCCGCAACGAGCUCCUGCUCAUCUACGAGCUCAUGCCCAACCGCAGCCUGGACAUCCAUCUCCACGGCAACGGCACCUUCUUGACAUGGCCAAUGAGGAUGAAGAUAGUACUUGGGGUUGGCUCUGGACUACUCUACCUCCACGAGGAGUGGGAGCAAUGCGUCAUACACCGGGACAUCAAGCCGAGCAACGUUAUGCUGGAUGAGUCCUUCGGUGCCAAGCUAGGAGACUUCGGGCUGGCGAGGUUCAUCGACCACGCCGUCGGGAUGCAGACGAUGACCGCCGUGUCAGGGACGCCGGGAUACGUGGACCCAGAGUGCAUGAUCACCGGCAGGGCCAGUGCAGAAUCUGAUGUCUAUAGCUUCGGCGUUCUCCUUUUGGAGGUCGCAUGUGGAAGGAGGCCAUUGAGUUUGUUGCAGAAUAAGGCCGAGAACGGCGGACUCUUUCGACUAGUCGAUUGGGUCUGGGAACUGUAUGGUCGGGUAGCCCUUCUUGAUGCGGCUGACGAGCGGCUAAACGGCGACUACGACAAGGUGGAGGUGGAGCGCGUGAUGGUCGUCGGACUCUGGUGCGCGCACCCAGACCCGAGCGCGCGGCCGUCCAUGAGGGCAGCCAUGGCCGUGCUCCAGUCCAAGGAAACAUUAGAGCUAAUCAGCUAG